UCACAUGAGUCAUAAAAGUUUGAUGUCACAGCAAAAGUUGAAGACGAAGUUUUGGAAAACGAAGUAAUUUUCAGAAGAGCAGUGAUUUGCGAUGCACGGCGAAGUUUUUCGUUUUGUUCGGGCGGCCCAUAGAAGUUGCCUAUCGUAGGCGGUCUAAGGCAGUAGGCUAAUCGGAAUUAAAUUGUACAUUUGUUUGGAGACACAGGAGGAAAAACUUUACAGCUAGUGUUUUGCCCCUGGGCUUUUUUAUUUUCCCUUUUCUUUUGCAAACGGUGGCAUUAAUUUUCACAAGAAUUGUUUAAAGUACUCGAUAUUGCCUUGGAUUGGACCCGUGUUGGAAGCCUAGUUAUCAAAUUUGCGAACGUUAGCUAGCACGACUAAUCCGGACAUAGUUGACAAUAAAAAACUGUAAAUACUGUAGCUGUUCCACACGAUUUCAUUGGUUUUAAGGGAAUAGCGAAGGAAUUUAAACACUUUUCCUGGCUUUUCGGUAACCUUAAAGUGUCUAUAUGGUUGCUGUCGAGAGGUCAACAUUUGGGCGUUCCAAACGUUUGGAUUAAUUUUGAGUUUUUUUUUUUUUUUAAUUAUCGAGUUAUUUGCAUUCCUUUCGGAACUAUGGAUCCGAGCCAGCAUAACCCCCCGACCGGCCACCAAAUCGUCCACGUCCGGGGCGAUUCAGAGACUGAUUUGGAAGCUCUUUUCAACGCUGUGAUGAACCCAAAAAAUGCCAACGUCCCCCCCACGGUACCAAUGAGGAUGAGGAAGCUACCCGACUCCUUCUUCAAACAGCCCGAGCCAAAAUCGCACUCCAGACAAGCCAGCACAGAUGCCGGCUCUGCGGGUGCCCUCACUCCCCAGCAUGUGAGGGCGCACUCCUCGCCCGCCUCCCUCCAGCUGGGGACACUGUCACCUGGACCGAUGGGCAGCGUCCCUCCUCCUGGCCCUUCCUCGCAGCACGUCCUCCAGUCCUCCUUCGAAAUCCCUGAUGACAUACCACUCCCACCGGGGUGGGAAAUGGCCAAGACCUCUUCCGGACAGAGAUACUUUCUUAACCACCUGGACCAGACAACCACCUGGCAGGACCCACGCAAGGCCCUCUUGCAGAUGAACCAGAAUGCCCCUUCCAGCCCUGUGCCCAUGCAGCAGAACAUCAUAAGCCCUGCCUCCGGGCCUCUCCCUGAUGGCUGGGAGCAAGCCAUCACCUCUGAGGGGGAGAUCUACUACAUCAACCACAAGAACAAAACCACCUCCUGGCUGGACCCCCGCCUCGACUCGCGUUUUGCUCUGAAUCAGCAGCGGAUGAACCAGAGCGGCCCGGUGAAGCAAGCCCCGCCCCUGCCCUCCAGCCCCCAGGCAAGAGUGAGCCAGAUGAGACUCCAGCAGCUGCAGAUGGAGAAGGAGAGACUGAGGCUGAAGCACCAGGAUCUGCUUCGGCAGGUGAGACCCCAGGAACUGGCCCUGAGGAACCAGCUGCCCACCAGCAUGGAGCAGGAUGGAGGGACCCCCAACCCUGUAUCCUCACCAGGCAUGUCUCAGGACAUCCGGACCAUGACCUCCAACAGCUCAGACCCAUUCCUUAACAGUGCCAGCGGUAACUUCCACUCCAGGGACGAAAGCACAGACAGCGGACUGAGCGUGAGCAGCUACAGCAUCCCCCGCACGCCCGAUGACUUCCUCAACAGCGUGGAUGAGAUGGACACAGGUGAUUCCGUAGGUCCCACCCCCAUGGCCACCCAGCCCAGCCGUUUCCCAGACUACCUGGACACCAUCCCAGGCACGCACGUAGACCUGGGCACUCUAGAGAGCGAAAGCAUGGCAGUGGAGGGGGAGGAGCUGAUGCCCAGCCUUCAGGAGGCGCUCAGCUCCGACAUACUCAAUGACAUGGAGUCUGUGCUGGCAGCUACCAAAAUCGACAAGGAGAGCUUCCUCACAUGGUUAUAGAGGAGGAGGGUGGGACAGGGGUGGAGCCAAGGGAGACUCCCACCAACCAACCAACAUCCACGUCCGACCCCCUUCCCACUUUCUCACAGUGGUUGCUGCUGCCAUGCAGAUACUGAGGUACACCUCUGAAAGGAUGUAAAAUGGCCUUGCUUUUUCCAGCAGACAUUUUCAGGCACUACCUUCUGGAUGUUUCUGGGCGUUACCCUCUUGGCGGGAUGGGCGGUGGAAGGAGCGGCACACAGCAGGGUUCUCACACCCCUUUUUCUGCCACACGCUCCAGUCUGGCUCAUGACCUGGGGGUUUGGUGGGACCCGAGAGCCCAGACUUUGAAGCCCUCCACCUCCUGUUUCCUCCACGCAGUUCCUUCUGCAGCAGCCUCAGUUUGCGAGUGAGCAUGCAAAAAGGUUGUGUAUGUGUGUGUGCACAGAUACAUGUGACAGCAGUCACCUAAUUUAUGCAAAUAGAAGUGAAUCACAUGAAGCCUGACUACAAUCAUCAGACUUGGGUCACAUCUGAAACACAUGGACUCUUUAGAUGCUGGGAAAAUGUAAAAUACACCUGCAGAUCCUAUUAGAAUUUCAAGGAAAUUUCUAAUCAAAAUUUCUAAUUUGUUUCUAACUGAGAACGUACAAUCAUAUGAAAGAAGAAAUUAUUCAGAAUAUUGGUGAAAAUACAGUAAUGACUUAUUUUACUUAUUUUGUCAAAUCUGCUGGAAUUUUAUUAGCGUUUAAAGAGCUACAGAUUCCAAAACAUUUUUGGAUCCAUUUUUUUAAAUACAAUUUUUUAUCUGUUUAUUUUUAUGAACCUGACUAUCCAAAAAUGAUGUAGCUGAAGUGAAAAGACCAUCCUCAGUACUGAUUUGGAGUCGGGGUGUCAGAAGGCCGAGCGUGGGUGGAGCUUGUUGCUGUAGGAUUCUGGAUUGGGUGUGGGGGAGGCCUGAGUUCUCCCAUUUUACAAAUGCUGCUGCUUGGCUGCGCCAGUGAUUAGCGAAGUAUACUUUAUUAAACCAAGUGCCUUCAAUUGUUUUUGAGAAGUUAAACGAACGCUACACAUAUAUGUUUCUGCAACACCAUUCUAUAUACAGAAAGAUGUUCUGAAAUUGUCCUUAAUCUUUUAUGCAUUUAUAUUCAGUAAUCAUGAGCAUAUUUUUGUUGUAAAUAAAAUGGCUUUGCCAAAAAAACUGUAUUAUAACAGGGGUAGGUUUUUUAAUUAACCUAACAUUAUAAUUCAGUCUUGUUUAAGUCUGAUUUGUCCCUGUUUUUUUUUUUUUUUUUUUUUUUUUAACCUUUUUUUGGUUCUUAUCUUUUAAGUUUGGGUUUUCAAUUAAAAAACAACCUUGCUGUAACGUUUUUACUGUUGCUGAUCUUGUGGAUGGGUUUUAAGUGUAUUUUAAUGAGAGUUGUGGCACAGGCUUACUUUCAGCACAGUCUGUAACUGAUAUGGUCUCAACUUGGAGAUAAACCUAGAACUAUCCUAAAAUUAAAAUUUAAUUUCAUGUUUAAAAAGAAAUGUCAUCUUUUUUUAGAUGAUAUUCCAUCUGCCUUGAUGGUGCUUUUAAAAUCUUAGUAUUCUGGGGGACAUUGAUUGGAUUGACGUAUUGUUAGCUGCAUUGUACUGCUGUCUUUAAUCCCCUUGCUGUUACCCUCUUACACAUGGGUCUCUGUACUUUUGAUUCCAGUGUGCAAAUUGAAUAACUUUGUCUUUAGAUCUAGUGACCCUUGGGCUGUCUUGUGGCUUUUUCAUAAAGGACAGUUCAAACUUUAGUGGCUUUCAGAAUAACCUGCCUAUUUUUUCAACAUAGUAAUUUCCAAAAGAGCUAAUGUUAGUUCUACUUAGAAUAGUACUUUCCUCCCGAAGCAUCUGUACUAAUGAAACAUUUACACUUGAAAAUGUAAGAAGCCUCUGGAUUACAUAAAUGGAUCUGUUCUGCCAGCACAUAUAGGAUCACAAUCAUGGUUUGUGUCAUUGAGUGAAAAAUCAAAAAAUCAGUAGCGAUGUCACGUGAAAAAAGUUAGCAACACUAGUUGAAUCUCAAUUCCCAAAAUUCCUCGUGAAAGCACCUUGUAAAAGUCACAGGCUGUUUACCUGUGUGCUUUUAUUUUUUUGUAAUUUCAGGCACCACUUACAGUAUGUACAAUAUGGCUACUGAACUUCCCCACAUAAAAACUACCCCCUGUGGCAUAAAAGACAUUUCUACCAAGCAGUUAACAAGAACAGUAUUUGGCAGACCACAGCUGUCCUGAAAGUGAACCAGAUAUGAAAAUAUGAUCAAGAUACAUGUGAGCUGGUUUGAGGAUCAGGUAUAAAAUGGCUUGUAGAGUAGUAGUCAUAUGGGAUUUAGUGGUAAUCCUGAAUUAUUCGUAUCGUAAUUUUUCUCAUGGUGAACAAGCAGUACAAUGGAAUCAGCGUUGUUUUAUUUUUUCAAGGCUUCCAAAGAGUAUUUUAUUUCCUUUUGAGCAAAGAACAAAACUAUUUUCUACGUACCUUGAUUUUUGUAUAAGCUAAAUACAUACACACACACACACACACUCAAGGAUUUGUGUUUAUUAGAUGGGAGAUUUAUUAGUAGUUUUGAAUACAAGAUGUUAUAUUUUCUUGCCAAGAUGGCUGUUAAACAUUUAACCUGUGUCAUAAGGAUUUGGGUUUGGAGAAAACAAGUGCACCACCCAUAAUUCUUUGUCUUAUGUUGUUUACAAUCUAGAGUAAGACAACACUAUUGUGGCUGUGUAGGGACGAUGACUUUAAAAACACUUCCUUUGUUGACAGUAAGUACUUUAUUUGUAGUCAGAUGUUUACACGGUGAAAACACUAUGAAAAGAACAAAGACCACCACACAUUUGUUAAGGUGUCCUCAAAGCCACAGCUAUUUUCUUUAUUGUGUUACUUUUAAUACAUCACUGUGAUACUUUUUGCAUUCACCCAGUGAAACUUGAUCAUCCUCCCACAUGGAAUGGAAUGGAAUGUAAUGGUUUUGAUUUUUAAUUUUGGUUGAUUGUAUGGAUAUUGGGGAAAACCAAAAAGAAUGCCAUUUUCUGAAGCAAUCUAGAGUAGUGUUCUGUAUUAAACCUUUGCAUUCAGACAUGGUUUAUUUGAUAUUUAGCAUAGCUUUGUUGGCUAUGAGGUUUAAACAACCAGUCAGUGUUGGAGCUGAACAAUGCAACUAAAGUAUCACUUUCAAAAUUGAUGGUACAGUGAUGUUUUAGCAAAUGUCUACAAAACUUACACAAGACUAAAUUAUAUUUUUAUCACUUAAGCAUGACUUUAUAUGUAAUAGUUUGUCAUUGUCAGAAUAUAUAGUAACUGUUGGCUGUCUGUAUGUAGUGGUAGGACUAAUCACACAUUUUAAAGGUUUCAUAUUUAGAUAUUCAUAAAUGCACACAAAAUGAAUUUAUAUUCAAUAAUGAUCUUUGAAUUUAUAAAAAUGGAUGUAUGUGCAUGUAUGUUGGCAUAAACUGUUACAUUGUAUCUCUCUCUAUGUAAUAAAAUUGGCUUAUUGUGGAAUAAAGUAUAUACUUUGUGAUAA